AUGUCACUACUCACUCGCGCCUACGGACUCUCCAGUGUUGAUGAUACUCGAAAUCUUUAUGACGAAUGGGCUGCCACUUAUGACAUUGAAAUGGCCGAAAAGGAUCAAGAUUAUGUUGGCCCAUUAUUGACAACUUCUUACGCUUUGAAGGUUCUGCAGCCAUUGGGCGUGAAGAUUGAGGACGUGACGAUCCUCGAUGCUGGUUGUGGCACCGGUCUUGUCGGGCUUCACCUAGCAAAGGUCGGCGCUAAAAAGAUUGACGGAGUCGAUCUAAGCCCUGGUAUGCUCGAAGUUGCACGAAACACGGGCGCCUACAAUAAGCUGGAGGCGGCUGAUCUCACCCAACCACUUGCAUACGAGAACGGGACAUUCGGCAUGGUCGUGUGCGUUGGCACGUUUACUCAAGGCCAUGUUGGACCAGCGACGUUCGAGGAAUUUGUGAGAGUUACUGAAACCGGAGGUUAUGUUAUCGCCACUGUCCUGAGCAGCAUCUGGGAAAACCAAGGCUACAAAGCCAAAGUGGAGGAGCUAGCGCAUACCGGUAAAGUGCAGAUUCUGAGUACCAACUUGGAAGACUAUAGGCGAGGUGCCGGUAUCCAGGCACGGAUGGUUGUGCUGCGUGUUCUUGUCUGA